AUGUCCAGCUUCACCACCUUGGUGAAGCCUGUGGACACGGCUCUAAUAAGCCUUCACUAUGCCUUCCCGGCGGCCAUUUUUGGUUAUUUUGCCAUUUCGUCGGCUGUCGCUCUCUGCACUCUGUCUGACAAAAAAGAGCACCCUCGCCGACGUCCAUUGCUGGCAUUGAUGCUGUUCACAGUAUUGAGCUACGUUGCUCAGAUUGCCACUAUCAUCAUCCCCUCCAUCAUUGACAAGGAGUGGCUGGGCCAGCAGGAUGUUAUGAUCAGUCUGUUGUCGUAUAUCCUGGUUUUGGGGCUCCAGUUUGCCAUGCUCUCUGAAGAGCCAGAGGUGGCGUGGUACCCAUUCAUUGGAUCUUAUGUCCUUUCUCUAGUUCUCGAGCCGGUUCUCCUUGUUGUCGGCCUCACUGCUCGCCCUCCUGGUCGGCUCUCUGGGGUGGAGAUUGCUCAGGUCACCAUUGUAUCUUCUCGGUGCCUUGCCGUCGGCUUGGUUGUUGCGACAUAUUUCACAUGGAGACAAGUGGACGACUCCAAGGAUUCCACAGACGCCGAACAGCAGCCUCUCAUUCCCAAAAACCCCGACGGAACACCGAUCCAAACCUCCGAUGAGGGAGACGGGUCACAGUCUUCUACCGCAUACGGAUCAACGAGCACAACGGCGGCUAGUAGUUCGGCCAACUCUACGACUGGCAACUCGGAUUCGGAGAACUCGAAAGAUGGGACCAAAGACGACAGCAAGGACGCAGAUGACAAAGCCAAAAAGACAGGCGAAGAGAACACAAACGAGCUGCCCUGGGAACGUCGUGAGCGCAAGAGACGAGAGGAGAUGGAGAAGCGUCUGAAGGAAAACGGAAACUGGUUUGAGUACGCAAAACGGUUCAUGAUCUUCUUCCCUUACAUCUGGCCCGUCAACAACCGUGCCCUUCAGAUCCGGGCUCUUCUUGUUGGCUUGUGCCUUCUGGCAAACAACGCUCUCAACGUUCUCAUUCCUCGCCAGCUCGGUAUCAUUAUGGAUAGCCUCAGUCAUGCCAAUGACAAGAACCCGUGGGUCCAGGUCAUCAUCUUUGCGUUCCUCAAGUUUGCCUCAUCCCAGGCGGGAAUUUCCCUGCUACGCCAAUGGCUCUGGAUCCCUGUGGAAUACUAUUCCUUUGGCGCAAUGAGCAUCGCGGCGUACUCUCAUGUUCUGAACCUUUCUUCCGAUUUCCAUGAUUCCAAGAGCUCUUCCGACAUCAUGGUCGCGAUAUCGUCGGGCCAAAGCAUUUCCAACCUUCUCGAGUCCAUUUGCUUCUCGGCCAUUCCCAUGGUGAUUGAUAUGACCAUCGCCUUUAUGUAUCUUUCGGCCACUUUCGGCCCUUACGAAGGAUUUAUCACAUUUGCGACCUCUAUCAUCUUCCUCUAUAUCGCAGGGCGUAUGAUUGCGAGUCUCAAGACGGCCCGGCGCGGGGAGGUCAACGCUUGGUUUGACGAACACUAUGUCCGGCAGGCUGGUAUUCAGGGCUGGUCAACAGUUGCCUCCUUCAACCAAGUCAGCCACGAAGAAGACAGGUACUCGAGUGCCGUCAAAACCCGGGUCACCAAGUCGCAAGACGUCUACAUUGGAUAUCUCUUGGCCUAUGCCUUCCAGUACCUCGUUCUUCUGGCUGGUCUUCUAGCGGGCGCUUUCUUGGCAGUGUACCAAGUGACAUCUGGACAGUCGACACCUGGACAGUUUGCCAUGCUCCUCACAUACUGGACCCAGCUUGUUGCGCCCCUGACAUUCUUCGCUGGUCUGGGCAAGAGCAUCUCCAGGAAUUUUAUACAUGCCGAACAACUUCUGGAGAUCAUGAACACCAAACCCACAGUUGUCAGUAAGGAGAAUGCUGAUGAUCUUGAGUUCUCUGGAGGAACCGUUGAAUUCAAGGACGUCAGCUUUUCCUACAACGACAAGAAGGAUAUUGUCAAGAAUAUCUCUUUCCACGUUCCGUCUGGUAUGACUGUCGCUUUCGUCGGCGCUACUGGCGCUGGCAAGUCUACCAUUUUGAAAUUGCUGGAUCGUUUUUAUGAUGUCACCGAGGGCUCCAUUAAGAUUGACGGGCAAGACAUCCGGGACGUAGAUCUCAAAAGUCUUCGAUCGCGGAUCGGGAUCGUGCCCCAGGCGCCCAUCCUGUUCAACGACACAAUCAUGAACAAUGUUCGAUAUGCGAAGCUGGAUGCAACCGACGAAGACGUCUACGAUGCAUGUCGUGCUGCGGCUAUCCAUGAGCAAAUACUUGGAUUUUCUGAAGGCUACAACUCAAGAGUUGGUGAGCGGGGCAUCAAGCUUUCUGGGGGUGAACUACAGAGAGUGGCAAUCGCACGGGCAAUUCUCAAAGACCCGUCCAUUGUCUUGCUCGACGAAGCUACUAGCUCAGUGGACACAGAGACAGAGCAAAAGAUUCAAGAUGCCCUGCAAGCAUUGUGCUCCGGCCGUACCACAUUCGUGGUUGCUCACCGCUUAUCUACUGUCAUGAAUGCCGACACAAUUAUUGUCAUUGCGGAUGGUGAGAUCGUCGAACAAGGAAACCAUGAUGAGCUCAUCGAGGCGGGUGGAAAAUACGCCAACCUAUGGUCCAAGCAGGUCUUUACAAAACCAAAAGACAAGUCCAAGGCGGCAGACAUGUCCGGUAAAAUAUCUGAUCUUGUCAACGACCUCACCGCCGAUGAAGCCGGUGACGAGGUCACUAAAGCAACAAUAUCCCCAGCGAAGGUGGUGGACUCGACGAGCCAUGGAAGCACGUCAGAAAAUGCGAACGAAUCAACUUCAGGCGCCGGCUCGAACGAUAACAAGACCACGGAGGACCACAAAGACGACGAUUCCGGCUCAGAAACAGCAACGGAGACAAUUUCGAAUUCGGAUCGGAAGAAAUAG